AGGGGUGUGCGCGCGCAGGGCUCGGCCAGUCGCCCGCGCGACCCCGCCGCCGCCGGCCGCGCGCAAUGGACGAGGUUCGAGCCCGCGACCGAGCGCCCCUCACCGUCAUCGUGGCGCCGAGCAACGCGUCGCCGCCGCGGCUGUCCCCCGCGGACCUGCUGCCCGACGGGGACGCUGCCUUCCACCCGCUGUCUGCAGUCAACGGACGCCUCACGCCGCCCGGCCUCGAGCCCGCCUCCUACGCCACCCUCACGCCGCUGCUGCCGCUACCGCCCAUCAGCACCGUCUCUGACAAGUUCGCCUACCACGCUGGGGGAACCUUCACCGUUAUCCAACAACAGCAGUCCUACGCCUCUCUGUCUCCGGCCGCCUAUAACGAACCUCUGUCACCACAGUCCGCGUACAGUCGGAGAAGCGUAUCACCGAACUCCUUCGAGCGGAGGUCCCCCACGCCGCCGCUGCCCAGUCCAGGGUUAGAUUUAAACGCUAGUCUGCUAGCGAGAGAGGAGCAGCAGCAAGCACAAAAUGACUUGGAAGAGAUUAAUACGAAAGAGUUAGCGCAAAGGAUAAGCGGGGAGUUGAAGAGGUAUAGCAUCCCUCAGGCGAUAUUUGCGCAAAGGGUGCUGUGUCGGUCUCAGGGCACGCUCAGUGACCUGCUGAGGAAUCCGAAGCCCUGGUCGAAGCUCAAGUCCGGGAGAGAAACCUUCAGGAGAAUGUGGAAAUGGCUACAAGAACCCGAGUUUCAGAGAAUGUCGGCGCUCAGACUAGCAGCGGCCCAGAUACCACAGAGAGGCAGUGAGUAUCACAUAAUAAACGCCUGCAAGCGCAAGGAGGAUUUGGGCUCGGAUACUCUGCCUUCCCCGAAGAAGCCGCGUUUGGUUUUCACAGACCUCCAGCGGCGUACUCUACAGGCUAUUUUUAAGGAAACCAAACGCCCCUCAAAAGAGAUGCAAGUGACAAUAGCGCGACAACUCGGCUUAGAGCCAACCACCGUUGGAAACUUCUUCAUGAACGCCCGAAGGCGGUCCAUGGACAAGUGGAAGGACGACGACGCCCCCUCCACCGACCUGGACAUGACUGAUGAUGGACAGGACCUAGACCACGUGCCCAGUCUAGACUCAGCCGACUCCGACGAAGAUCACGAGGAUGAUGACCAUCUGUUGUGACGCCGCAUGCCACAGCAACACUUGUUAGUACUAUGAACGAUUCUUGGAGUUGUCACCACCGAAUUUGGUAUUGGCGUUGUCGGCUGUUUUGUUGGACGGUCUGUGCCUCAAGCGAAGGUUGGGAAAGUAAAUUUCGUGUUUUCUUCUGUCAACUGUGCGUUUUACGCAUACAAUGUGGCGCCUCUAGUGGAAACUGGAGUGAAACUUUUGUCAGAAAAUAUUCGGAGAUGACAGAAGAAAAUAUAACGUUAAUAUUUUGGCAACUCAUGUUUGAGGUAUACUGUAUUUUUUGUCGAGUUUUGUUCAAAAAGAGUUUUAAAUAUGACAGCUCUUUGUACAUAGGGUUAGAGGACGAUUUUAAAAGUUGAUUUAGAUGUGUUAGGUCAUGUUAGGUGUCUUCUUUUCAUAGCCACACUAACCUCUACGAAAUUGCUCACUUUCGGAGUGAAAUCUCGCCUUUUCUACGUUCGUAUGACAACUUCAAGUGUUUAGUGUAAGUGUACAGUAUUGCUAAGAGCUAAUGCGGAAGUGGGUAGGGCUGGGUCGGACAUACAGUAUUCUAUGAUCUCUGCUUACACCAAACGUUUCUAGUCAAACGUAUUCACAUAGUUGCGUAAUAAUUUAAAUUUAGUUGUAAUUUUAGUAUUAAAAUUUGAAUAAAUUAUUAUUUAUUUAAUCGUUAGCGAGUAAUAGCUAAUAGUGCAGUCGUGUUCGUUAACAUAUCAACAGAUUUUUUAUUCAAAAAUGUUAAUUUGUUACUCGACAGGGCUGUACUGAAGUGACUUGUAAUUUUUUAUUGCAAUUUCGAUGACUUGUUGUUUUCUAGUAUGAAAUUGUACAAUGUACUUUUUUACUAGAAUACUGCCGAUUUAAUCGGCUUAGUAGUCGGUAUUCCCUAAAAUUUACGAUUUAUGUUUACUUUGGUGAACCUUAAAUAUCCAUCAUAAAGUAAAAUAACACUUUAUUUAUGAACCAAAAUCGUAUUUUUUAUGAAAAACCAUCGUCAAUCACUUAAAUUCUUAGUUUAAUUUUGUAUUCUCUAGUCAUGAGAUCUCUAAGACAUUCCAUUUUUCGAGAAGGCAUCGGAAGGACUUAGCAAACACAAGCGUAAGCAAAAUCAAGCGUGAUAUUACGUAAAUUAAAAGAAUAAUAACUAGAUUUUAAAUUACUUAAGGACAGCUUUUUAGCUGGUAAGAAUACUAGUCCGAGUUGUGCAAACAUAUAGGAUAAAAAACAAUGAUAGUCACUUUUUUACUGUUCCAAUUAAUUUAAACGCCAUUUUGAAUUUUCUAUUGUUCACAAAAUGGCGGCUUUGCAAUGGAAAGCAAAGGUAACUUCCGUCUAAAUUAUUUAAAAACACUAUUGUAUCUUUUUCUUCUCUUGAUUAUUUCUUUUCCUUACAAAAAUAUUAUUAAUUUGUUGAAAAUGUGUUUUGUAAGACUAAGUAAUUGUUGCAAUGUCUAACAAUAAUUCUAAAACUACAUAAUAUCUAAAAUAAUUUUAUUUGUUUUGCAAUGUCACCGUAAGUCAUUUAUUUUAAGUUUGUAUGUAGAUACCAAAGAUUUGAAAGUGUGCAAUUCUUUCUUUACAUUUUGUUUAUUUUAUCCAACUCAACGUAAAAUGUGGAUUUAUAUUAAGCCUAAAUAGCUCAAAAACACAGUAUUUUUCUGAGUUGCUAAGUUUUAAUGUAUAACCAUAUUGCAGACUUUAUAACAGACAUGAAGGAUGAAGUGCCUAUUCAAUAACAUAGUUAAUUUAAACUGUAAUUAUUACCAUAACUUUAUUUCCUUUAUUUAUACCAAUCCAGAUGAAUUACUAUGAUCGCGCACAAAUACUUGAUUAUUCGUUUAAAAAUGCUUACAUUUGAAUCAGUUAAUUAAUUAAACUUACAAACCAAUACAUUUUAACAACAUUUUAUUCAAAAAUAUCAUUAUUUGUGUAUAGUGCGCUUUCAACUGUACAUAGUACGUGAGUAUGAUGUAAGAUUAAAUGUACGUUUUACAAAAAUUA